UUUUUUUUUUCAGACCAAUAACGGGCCAUACAGACUUUAAAAAUGCCUUAAUUACUGCAGACCCGAGUAUGUAUACAAGUUGUGAUAUUAAAGGUUCUGUUAAGGGAAAGAAUAUUAUUGAAAUAGAGGAUGGAGGUUCUAUAAGUAAUUUAAUUAUUGAUGUCCCGGCAAAGGGGAUUUGGUGUAAAGGAAGGUGUACAUUAACUAAUGUUUUGUGAGUUUUGUUAAUAAAUAAUGUUUUUUUGAAAAUAUUUUUGACGGUCAAGUAAUAAAUUGGUGUAGCA